AUACCCGCGGGUUAAGCUUCCGGAUGCCAUAUGAUCGGGGCUAUCGAAAUCAGGUUUGCAAAACACAAAACCUGAAGCACACUUCUCUCUCUCUGAAUCGGUGGUGAUUGCAGGAGCUGUCAGAUUGAAGAAUGGAGAAGGAGCCCAAGGUAGCGAAUGAAGAUCCGAAGGUUGAUUUGUUUGAGGAUGAUGACGAGUUUGAGGAAUUUGAGAUCAAUGAAGAGUGGGAUGACAAAGAAGAAGGAAAAGAUACAACACAACAGUGGGAAGAUGAUUGGGAUGAUGAUGAUGUGAAUGAUGACUUUUCCCUUCAGUUGAGGAAGGAAUUGGAGAAUAAUGCUGAGAAGAGUUAAGUUCUUAUGUGUUCUGAUGAAGUUUUCCUUCUUGCUAUGGCAAUUGAUGAACAAUAUAUGGGUAACAGUGUAUCAAUACCCUAGUAUUUGCUCUUCAUGCAGUGGGAACUAUUUAACUACUUUCUCAGAAACCCUUAGUGAUGGAGUUUAGUUGUUGGCAUGCAACUUAAAGUUGGAUGGAUAUUUUUCCUUUCUUUACUUAUCUUUUCUGGAUGUAGGGAGUUUUUGUUGUUUUCAAGUAUUGCAAAGUCAAAUUUGUUUAAGAGGAGUGGUUGCAAGCCAUGGUUUUACAAUUUCAUUUGGGCCGCAUGGUUUUUAUUUUUC